AUGUUCGUCUCACGUGGUUACCUGUUGAUCUCGAUACUAGUGGUCGUGUCUGCCGCGCCGAGAAGAAGCGGAAAAUUGGCACAGCCUAUGUGGUACUUGCCUUGUGGCGAGAACCUGGACACCGACCCCAUGCCGUUCGUGAACGUCGAGGAAGAAGUGAGCAAUAGCAUUCAGGAGCUCAGGAUUCAGCACAAAUUGACCAUGAACCACUACUUGAACCAGGACUACGACUAUCUCUAUGAAAGGGUACGCAUAGGCGUUCACGAGCAUCAGUAUAUCCCCAACUGGGUCCCCGGCAAGAAGGACGUGAGCGCGAUCAAGAGGCUGACUAAGGCUAGCCCGCGAACGGUGAGUAUCGCCAAACACUUCCCAAAGCUGCACAAGGACCUGCAAAAGUUCGCGGUAGCCUUCGAGGAACUGAUAGAGGACGAGCCGAAUGACAAGAUUUACGAAUCUCUGAAAACGACGCAGGCCUACCUGAUGAUGAUGCUGUGCGAAGUAGAAAGCAAUAUCAUGGCUCUGCCAUCCCUUCGACUUCCAGCGCGAGUGGAAAGGAGUAUCAUGAGCAACACGGAAAGACAGCCCGUGGACGAUACGAGAAGGCUCGUUCGUGACUGGGGCGUGCUUCUCAAGUACAGGGAUUAUCUCCACGCCUGGAGGCACGUUUUCGAUUAUUAAGUAGCGCCAGAAGAAACAGCCGAUAACA